ACCGCGUCCGCCCCGCGAGCACAGGCCUCUCGCCAUCGCCCAGCCACCGCCGCCGGUUCACACCGCUUCCCGCAGCUCACCAUGGAUGAUGACAUCGCUGCGCUCGUGGUCGACAACGGCUCCGGUAUGUGCAAGGCCGGCUUCGCGGGCGACGACGCCCCCCGGGCCGUCUUCCCUUCCAUCGUGGGGCGCCCCCGGCAUCAGGGUGUGAUGGUGGGCAUGGGCCAAAAGGACUCCUAUGUGGGCGACGAGGCCCAAAGCAAGAGAGGGAUCCUGACCCUUAAGUAUCCCAUUGAGCACGGAAUUGUCACCAACUGGGACGACAUGGAGAAGAUAUGGCACCACACCUUCUACAACGAGCUGCGUGUGGCCCCCGAGGAGCACCCCGUGCUGCUGACCGAGGCCCCCCUGAACCCUAAGGCCAACCGUGAGAAGAUGACCCAGAUCAUGUUCGAGACUUUCAACACCCCAGCCAUGUACGUGGCCAUCCAGGCUGUGCUGUCCCUGUAUGCCUCUGGGCGCACCACUGGCAUCGUGAUGGAUUCCGGCGACGGGGUCACCCACACUGUGCCCAUCUACGAGGGCUACGCCCUUCCCCACGCCAUCCUGCGUCUGGACCUGGCCGGCCGAGACCUGACCGACUACCUCAUGAAGAUCCUCACCGAGCGAGGCUACAGCUUCACCACCACGGCCGAGCGGGAAAUCGUGCGUGACAUCAAGGAGAAACUGUGCUACGUCGCCCUGGACUUCGAGCAGGAGAUGGCCACGGCGGCCUCCAGCUCCUCCCUGGAGAAGAGCUACGAGCUGCCUGACGGGCAGGUCAUCACCAUCGGCAACGAGCGUUUCCGCUGCCCCGAGGCGCUCUUCCAGCCAUCCUUCCUGGGAAUGGAAUCCUGCGGUAUCCAUGAAACUACCUUUAACUCCAUCAUGAAGUGUGACGUUGACAUCCGCAAGGACCUCUAUGCCAACACGGUGCUGUCGGGUGGCACCACCAUGUACCCGGGCAUCGCCGACCGAAUGCAGAAGGAGAUCACAGCCCUGGCACCCAGCACGAUGAAGAUCAAGAUCAUCGCUCCCCCUGAGCGCAAGUACUCGGUGUGGAUUGGCGGGUCCAUCCUGGCCUCGCUCUCCACCUUCCAGCAGAUGUGGAUUAGCAAGCAGGAGUAUGACGAGUCCGGCCCCUCCAUCGUCCACCGCAAAUGCUUCUAGGCGGACUGUUUUCAGUGGCGUCACACCCUUUCUUGACAAAAACCUAACUUGCGCAGAGAGAAAAAAAGAGAUGAGAUUGGCAUGGCUUUAUUUGUUUU